GAUGUUUAGUGAGUUUUUUCCCUCACAAAGUGGACACUCCCAUAGACUGCCCAGGACAACCAGGAGCACAGGGUAAACAAUGUGUGUGUGUUUGUGAUGGGGGUGUCGGUGCGGACCCCACAGACGCACAAGUGUUUUCUGGAGCGUCUGAAGGAAUUUAACCCCAGAACAGACCGACUUCUCAUGAAAGGACCUGGAGGAGAAUCGGACCCGAGACUGAAGCGGACCCACAUCCCGACCUCAGGCCUGUGUAGUCGGUAAGGGAUGGCCGUGCGGUCCAGGACGGGCUUCUACCGGCAGGAGGUGAACAGAACCGUGUGGGAGGUUCCGGAGAGGUACCGGGACCUGAAGCAGGUCGGGACUGGAGCCUAUGGCACAGUGUGUUCAGCGUGGGACCGCCGCUCAGGAGCACAGGUAGCCAUCAAGAAGCUUCACCGACCUUUCCAGUCGAAACUCUUUGCCAAACGGGCCUACAGAGAGCUACGGCUCCUCAAACACAUGAAGCAUGAAAAUGUGAUCGGACUGCUGGAUGUCUUCACAGCUGAAAUUGCAUUGGACCGGUUUCGUGACUUUUACCUGGUGAUGCCUUUCAUGGGCACUGACCUCGGCAAACUGAUGAAGAUACAGAGAUUAUCUGAGGACAGAGUACAGUUCCUUGUCUAUCAAAUGCUGAAAGGACUCAAGUACAUCCACUCUGCAGGGAUCAUUCACAGGGACCUUAAACCUGGAAAUUUAGCCAUUAACCCAGACUGUGAGUUAAAGGUACUCCAACUGUACCUACAACCAUCUAGAGUCAAACUUUUCACACGUAUUAUACUUUUUCAUUGUUUAUUAUUUUCAUUUCUGAUUCAGAUUCUGGACUUUGGCCUGGCCAGGCAGGCUGAUGCAGAAAUGACCGGCUAUGUUGUGACGCGCUGGUACCGAGCACCUGAAGUUAUCCUCAACUGGAUGCACUACACACAAACAGUGGAUAUCUGGUCAGCAGGGUGUAUCAUGGCAGAAAUGCUGUUGGGAAAACCGCUGUUUAAAGGAAACGAUCACCUGGACCAGCUCAGAGAAAUAAUGAAGAUUACAGGAACUCCAAGUGCUGACUUUGUUGUGAAGCUGCAGAGCCAAGAUGCCAAAAACUACCUCAGAAGUAUACCAAAAGUGCCAAAGAAAGAUUUACGCUCCAUUUUUAACAAAGCUGACUCAAAUGCAGUGUGUGUCUUGGAAAAGAUGCUACUUUUGGACCCGGAGAUGAGAGUGAGCGCCUCAGAGGCUCUGGACCUGCCUUACUUCAGUGAAUUUCGAGACACAGAGGAGGAGAUGGAGGCGCUGCCAUAUGAUCAGACUAUGGACAAUACAGACCUGCCAGUGGAGCAGUGGAAACGUCACACGUUCACAGAGAUCCUGACCUUCAGACCCCCCAAAGAUGGCAAAGAGACUUCACUUUAACAGCAAACAUACACACACUGUGCACAUUCACAUAUGUUCUGUAAGCCUCAGCACACUAUGUACAUACACACAUAUUUGCACACACUGUUGCACACAACUUCACUCAUGCAUCUGAAAUUAUGUUUAUGUCACUUUGUGUUGUAAAAUAAACUUUUCUGUUUUAAUUUCUGUUUUGUUGAAUAAAUGUGAC